UUUAAUAAGAUGGUAUUUUACUUUACAUCACUAAGUCAUCCUGAUAAGGCAGUUAUCUAUAUGGGAAAGGAUAAAUUUGAAAAUGAGAAUCUCAUCAAGUACUCCUUCCCAAAUGACAUCUGGUUCCACGUUGAGCAUCUCUCAUCAGCCCAUGUGUACUUACGCCUGGAAGGAUUGGAGGACAUCGAUGACAUCCCAGAAGAGCUAGUACAAGAAAUGUGCCAAAUCACUAAGGCAAACUCAAUAGAAGGUUCUAAAAAGAAAGAGGUCGGGAUAGUCUACACAUUCGCUUCAAAUUUACUCAAAGAGGACGAUAUGGAGGUCGGUGCUGUCUAUUUCAAAGCUCCAAAAGCAAAGAGGUACAUAAAACACGUUUCUAAAGACAAAGAGAUCCUUAACCCUCUCCGUAAGACCAAAGUCGAAUCAUACCCUGACCUAAAGGAAGAAUACACCUCCAAAAUUGCAGACAUGAAGAAAGAAGCCCAGCUUAAGAAGACUGAAGCAAAGCUGGAAGAGAAGAAAUAAGGAGCUUACUGCUAAAGAAGUUGCUAAGCAGAAGCAAAAGGAGAAGAAGGAGAAGGCUAAGCAGAUAGAAGAGUUUUUUAGAAAGGAGUCUCAUGAUUAUGAAGAGGAGAAGGAGCCAGAGAAGGGAGAGGAUGCGCUUGAUGAUUUUUGGUAAAUUUUUGAAAUG